AGACGACGAAAGCUGCGGAGCUAACGGGUCCGGGCGCCGGCGGCGGCUUCUGAAAGGGCGGCGUUGGCGGCAGGAGCAGCGAGCAUGGCCCGCGCGGCGGCCCGCGCUGACUGAGUUUCAGGGUCAUGCUGCGGCAGCCCAGCAGCACCUGACAAGUGAGGGGAAGCCUGCCAGGGGAUUACUGCUAGCACGAGCUAACGGCAGGACAGGCCGGCCUCAGGGGAGUGGGGAUGGGCAGAGGAGUGGCUGAGCCUGGGCCAGCAGCACCAGGAAGGAGGCUGCAACACUGGCUGGCAGCCCUGCACAUACUCGGCUGACCCAGAUGGCGUUUGAAGCAGCACCUCGUUGAGCAGCAGCUGUUUCCAAGCCCCAGAGGGUCCCACAGCAGGAAUGGGAGCUCUGCAACCCUCUACACGACUGGAAUUGGGGCCAUGACCAUUGGGACAAGGGGGCUGGCACCUGUGAUGGAACGAAGUUGGGCAGAACCUAAUGCAAGGAGGAUCUUUGUCUCUGCAGCAGAGUGUUCUGAUACCCAGUGAGCUUCCUGGCUUUCUUCUCUCAGGGUUGGGGCCUGGUUUCCUUCCCUUGGCAGAGGGAUUGGGCCAGAAGGGCCACAGUUGGCAAGACAAUUGCAUGGAAUCCAGGCCCCUUGAAGCCCAUGUGCUCUCUGUCGUGAUUGAGGUUCUAGGACUUCCCUAUUGCAGGGGACGAGGGGUUGCCUCGGUGUCUGCUCAUGAGCCACAAGGACCCCAACUGCUCCAGACUGUACUGUUUCAAGCUGCCAAAGAGGGGGGCUCCCAGAGCUGGCAGUCGGCAACCUCAAGGGACUAGAAGGCUGGAAUGGACUGACCUCCCCCUUGCUGGGGCGGUGGGCAAGGCAGUGCCUCUGUGGCCCAGCUAGUGACAGGGAGACCUGAUGAAGCCAUAGCAGGGACCUGAGCGGCUCAGGGUACCAGGUGUCAGAGACAGGGGAGUCGCCCCUACUGACCUUUCUUUCUCCUUACGCUAAGGGAUAAGUGGUGUGGGACCUCUCCCGCUGUCCCCUGCCACGGCACGUGCCCCUAUGCCCUUUGCAUGUGGUGCCAGAAUAGGUAGGCUACACCGUGGCUGGUCCCUCAGUGGGCUGGAAAAGGAGUGGCCACGGUGACCCCCGCCUGCCUGCCAGGCUGGUGGUCCAGCCCCUCGCCACUCCACACCAUGAAGUGCUCGCUGAGGGUCUGGUUCCUCUCCAUGGCCUUCCUGCUGGUGUUCAUCAUGUCACUGCUCUUCACCUACUCGCACCACAGCACAGCCACCCUACCAUACAUGGACACAGAGGCCCUGGAUGGCACCCACCGAGUGAAGCUCGUGCCCGGCUAUGCUGGCCUGCAGCACCUCAGCAAGGAGGGGCUUGUGGGCAAGAGCUGUGCGUGCCACCACUGCAUGGGUGAUACUGGGACCUCCAACUGGUUUGACAGCCACUUCGACAGCAGCAUCUCCCCGGUCUGGACCAGAGACAACAUGGAUCUGCCCCCAGAUGUGCAGAGGUGGUGGAUGGGAUGCUGUAAGGAUGAAGACCUGUUAUCAGGCUUAUCAGAGCAACUCCACAUGACCUGCUUUCCAGCCCUGACUGCUAGAGUCCCUAAGGACUGGGAAGUCCGCAGAACAGAGAUGCUGCAGCCUCAGUUCAAGUCACACAACACCAAUGAGGUGCUGGAGAAGCUGUUCCAGAUAGUACCGGGCGAGAACCCCUACCGUUUCCGGGACCCCCACCAGUGUCGGCGCUGUGCCGUGGUGGGAAACUCGGGUAACCUGCGGGGCUCUGGCUAUGGGCAGGAUGUGGACGGGCACAACUUCAUCAUGAGGAUGAAUCAGGCGCCAACCGUGGGCUUUGAGCAGGAUGUUGGCAGCCGAACCACCCACCAUUUCAUGUACCCCGAGAGUGCCAAGAACUUGCCUGCCAAUGUCAGCUUUGUGUUGGUGCCCUUCAAGGCCCUGGACCUACUGUGGAUUGCCAGCGCCCUGUCCACAGGGCAGAUCCGAUUCACCUAUGCCCCAGUGAAGUCCUUCCUUCGAGUGGAUAAAGAAAAGGUCCAGAUCUACAACCCAGCUUUCUUCAAGUACAUCCAUGACCGGUGGACAGAGCACCACGGCCGUUACCCUUCCACAGGGAUGCUGGUGCUCUUCUUCGCCCUGCAUGUAUGUGAUGAGGUGAACGUGUACGGGUUCGGCGCCGACAGCCGGGGCAACUGGCACCACUACUGGGAGAAUAACCGGUACGCAGGCGAGUUCCGCAAGACGGGCGUGCACGAUGCGGACUUUGAGGCGCACAUCAUCGACAUGCUGGCCAAGGCUAGCAAGAUCGAGGUCUACCGGGGCAACUGAGCCAGGCCUCGCCGCUACCCUUCCGGCCCAGCCGUGAGGCGCUGCUCUGCGGGUUGGGACUGCGGGCCACCCGAGGGCGACGGCCUGGGUGCGGCGCGGCACGGCGCUCAGCCCCUGCAGGCAACUAGGAGCGACCGAGGCAGGCGGCGGGGCUGGACCAAUCAUACUGCAGUCCAGCGGUGCCGGCUGUCUGCCAAUCGCGAGACUCGGGGCCGGCCAGGCCUGGCACCAAUCAACCUGCAGUCGAGUGGAGACUCGGGUUCUUCCAGCCAAUCAUGCGACUCAAGGAGAACGUCCGGCGCUGGGUCCUGUCUCCUCCAAUCAAUGGCUUUGGGAGGCGGGCCGGCGGCUGCUUAACCCCAACUUCCUAACGCUUUUGGAUAGGAUUUUAUUUUGCGCUUUUUAAGGCGAAGUAAGGAAGCCCUGGUGGCCUAGUGGUAAAAUGCUCAGUUGCAAACUGAAAGGUCGGCGGCUCGAACCCACGAGUCGCUCCAAGGGAGAAAGA